CGUUUUGUCAUGUUGGCGGUGGUCACAAAUGUCAUCUGUCUAACCUUUUUCCCCUCCCAUUGAAUUAUUUACGUUUGCCACUCUGACGUGGAUUUGAACCAUCUUUCAGGGGGCUGUUUAAUAAUUAUACAUAAUAAUGGACAUUGCGACUCUUUUUGAUGAUGUCAAACGGAUGAAUAAGCGACAAUUCCUUUAUCAAGUUUUAAGUUUCGGUAUGAUAGUUUCUUCGGCACUUAUGAUAUGGAAAGGUUUAAUGGUAGUCACAGGCAGUGAAAGCCCCAUUGUUGUGGUUUUAUCGGGUAGUAUGGAGCCGGCUUUUCAUAGGGGCGAUUUGUUAUUUUUAACAAAUUAUCCGGAAGAGCCGGUGCGAGUUGGGGAAAUUGUGGUGUUUAAAGUCGAGGGCAGGGACAUUCCAAUCGUUCAUAGAGUACUUAAAUUACACGAAAAGGAAAAUGGCACAGUUAAAUUCCUAACAAAGGGUGAUAAUAACAGUGUUGAUGAUAGGGGGCUGUACGCCCCUGGACAAUUGUGGCUAACAAAAAAAGACGUAGUUGGGAGAGCCCGUGGUUUUCUACCAUAUGUGGGCAUGGUCACUAUUUUAAUGAACGAAUACCCAACCUUUAAGUUUACAAUCCUAGUCUGUCUAGCAUUUUACGUCUUAAUCCACCGAGAGUAAUAAUCGCUUUUGUACUUUUUUUCUUGAAAUAAAAAUAAAUAAGAGAAUGAGA